AGGGACUGAGGAUGCGUUAAAAGUGCCCAAACCACGAGAUGAAAAAGCGAAACACCGAAUUAAUGUGGACAGUCCCGCCUCACCCCGUGGGCUGAGUGCGCAGCUCCAGGUGGGCUACCACGCCGGGCCUCUCUGCGUCUCUCCCGAGGCUGGUCUGCUCACAACAGAAUCCAAGCACCGCCUGACUCUCUGCCGCAGAUCCCCUCCGCGAUCGGGAGGCGGUUGACGCGAGCUGGGCGCGCUGACGUCAUCGUGCGUUUGCGUGGGCCCUCCCGGGGCGGGGGGCUUCGGGAGCGCAGGACUCGAUCCCAGCCUGGGUUGGCUGCUGUCUGCUCCGCAGCUCUCGGAGCCUGAGGAGGCCUCUAAGCAGCCUCGCCGCCGCCGGCGCCCCGCUUCCGUGUAGCUGCGCCCGCACUGCGAUUUUACAGCCCUGAAGACUCCUUUUUUUCUCCUGCAAUAAUAAAUCCCAUUAUGGAAACCCAGACACUUUAUAAAGGGAUAUAGAUGGAGUUUUAUGGAGUGUAAUUUUGUGUAUGAAUUAUGUUUAAAAAUAGGAAGAGUUUUCAGAAAGGCUAAUAGGGUUAAUUAUUGGUAUAUUAGGCAUAAGCAGUAAUUCUGUUGGUAAUACAGUAUUUUUGUUAGCAUUUGUGAUGAUACUAGAAAAGACAAGCUGUACCUUUUGAUGAAUUGAUUCACUGUUAACUACAAAAUGAAUGAUAUAAAUGCAUCGUUCUUAGAGGAAAGAUAGGUAAUUUAAUUUUUACAAAGGCAAUGUAAAAAGUUUCUGCUGUGGAAUUUUUAUGGUUAAUUUGUUUUGAAGCUAUACGUUCAUUUGGUCAAGUAUAAUAAAGUGGUGUGUAAAGUUAAUCAGAAAUAAUGAUGCUAUAGGAAGAGGAAUCAAGUAUAGAAAGAUGGAAGAAUUAACCAUUUGUGAGCUUUAAGCAAAAUUUAUUUCAUUUGAUACCAUAUACACCGAAACAAGCUUAGGUUCAACAAAGCUUGUGAGUGUUGGUUUCCCCAAAAGUUAUUAACUGAAGGUAACAUAACCCACUUAAGUACUAUGGCUUAUGCUAUGACUAUAAGCUUUGUGAAAUUAGCCUUUAGAUCAUGUGACCAUAUGAAGACUUCAAUUCUUUUUGUUUACUAGAAUAAAACAUGAUAUAUUUAAUGCCUUAGUAAAGUGCUUGUAGGACAAGAAGCCUGAUGCGUAUCAUUCCCUCCCUCCCCCCCCCCCAUAGCAUAAUCAGUAAUUGGCCUGAUAUCCAGGUAUUGUAGCUUGUAACCAAAAGUAAAUUAAAGGCACAAUUUAAGGCUUCUAUGGUUGCUUAGAAUUUUGGUAACAUAAGCCUCCUUUAAAAAUCUGGGGUUUUAACAUAUUUUCAGAAGUACGUCAAUUCGUUUGGGCCAUUAAUUUAGUAUUACACUAAAUUAUAAGUAAAUAGCACUUGGGUGACCUAAAAAAGUUAACAUAAUCCCAAAGGGUCCUAAGUUGCAUCUUGUUACAACCCAGGAGUGAUAGUGAUCCUAUCUGAGUGUGGAAUCAGGUGUAAAUACAGUAAAAAAGUUUUAGUGAAUUCCAGAUAAGUAGGAAGCUAUCAUUUGUUUCCUUUUUGUGAUAAAAAUCUAAUUUAGUUUGAAGAGAUAAGAAAUUUCAUGUGAAGGCUUUGAGCCAUCAAAAAGUAAAAUCACCUACUCAUGCACAGAACUACCUCCCAAAGACUUGUCCCAGGUUCCUCUCAUCAAAAAUUUGUGAGUAAAAUGGAAGAUAGCACAAUCUUGUCAAAUUGGACAAAUGACAACAAACAAAAAAUGAAAUAUGACUUUUCAUGUGAACUCUACAGAAUGUCUACAUAUUCAACUUUCCCCACCGGUGUUCCUAUUUCAGAAAGGAGCCUUGCUCGUGCUGGUUUUUAUUACACUGGUGUGAAUGACAAAGUCAAAUGCUUCUGUUGUGGCCUGAUGCUGGAUAACUGGAAACAAGGAGACAAUGCUAUUGAAAAGCAUAAACAGCUGUAUCCUAGCUGUAGCUUUAUUCAGAAUCUGGUUUCAGUUACUAGUCUGGGAUCCACUUCUAAGAAUUCUUCUCCAAUGAGAAACAGUUUUGCACAUUCAUUAUCUCCCACUUUGGAACAUAGUAGUUCAUUCAGUGGUUCUUAUUCCAACCAUUCACCAAACCCUGUUAAUUCCAGAGCUGUCGAAGACUUCUCUUCCUUGAGGACUAACCCCUACAGUUAUGCAAUGAGUACUGAAGAAGCCAGGUUUCUUACUUACCAUACGUGGCCGUUAACUUUUUUGUCACCAUCAGAAUUGGCAAGAGCUGGUUUUUAUUAUAUAGGACCCGGAGAUAGGGUAGCCUGCUUUGCCUGUGGUGGCAAACUGAGUAACUGGGAACCAAAGGAUGAUGCCAUGUCAGAACAUCGAAGACAUUUUCCCAAUUGUCCAUUUUUGGAAAGUUCUCUAGAAACACUGAGGUUUAGCAUUUCAAAUUUGAGCAUGCAGACAUAUGCAGCAAGACUGAGAACAUUUAUGUACUGGCCAUUGAGUGUUCCAGUUCAGCCUGAGCAGCUUGCAAGUGCUGGUUUUUAUUAUGUAGGUCGCAAUGAUGAUGUCAAAUGCUUUUGUUGCGAUGGUGGCUUAAGAUGUUGGGAAUCUGGAGAUGAUCCAUGGGUGGAACAUGCCAAGUGGUUUCCAAGGUGUGAGUUCUUGAUACGUAUGAAAGGGCAGGAGUUUGUUGAUGAGAUUCAAGCUAGAUAUCCCCAUCUUCUUGAACAGCUGUUGUCAACUUCAGACACUCCUGGAGAUGAAAAUGUUGAUCCGCCAAUUGUUCAUUUUGGACUUAUCGAAAGUUCUUCAGAAGAUGCAGUCAUGAUGAAUACACCUGUGGUUAAAGCUGCCUUGGAAAUGGGCUUCAGUAGAAGCCUGGUAAAACAGACAGUUCAGAGUAAAAUCCUAACAGCCGGAGAGAAUUAUAAAACUGUCAGUGAUCUUGUAUUUGAUUUACUUAAUGCAGAAGAUGAAAAAAGAGAAGAGGAAAAGGAAAGACAAACAGAAGAAAGGGCAUCAGAUGACUUAUCAUUAAUUCGGAAGAACAGAAUGGCUCUCUUUCAGCAGUUGACAUGUGUGCUUCCUAUCUUGGAUAAUCUUUUAACAGCCAAUGUAAUUAAUAAACAGGAACAUGAUAUUAUUAAACAAAAAACACAGAUACCUUUACAAGCAAGAGAAUUGAUUGAUACUGUUUUAGUUAAAGGAAAUGCUGCAGCCAACAUCUUCAAAAACUGCCUAAGAGAAAGUGACUCUACAUUAUAUAAGAACUUAUUUGUUGAAAAAAAUAUGAAGUAUAUUCCAACAGAAGAUGUUUCAGGCUUGUCACUGGAAGAACAAUUGAGGAGGUUGCAAGAAGAACGAACUUGUAAAGUGUGUAUGGACAAAGAAGUUUCUAUUGUAUUCAUUCCUUGUGGUCAUCUGGUAGUAUGCCAGGAGUGUGCCCCUUCUCUAAGAAAAUGCCCUAUUUGCAGAGGUAUAAUCAAGGGUACUGUUCGUACAUUUCUUUCAUAAAAGAAAAGUCCCUAAAAUAUUGAACAUUUGGAGCUAUCUGAAGUAAAGAAGGAUUUGUUCUUUAAUUAGUAACAUUCAUGUGUUCUACCUUGCUUUGGUACUAGUAAUCUUUACAAAAAAAUUUGAUAGUAUCAUCUUAAUCUUAAUCUCUGCUUAUUUGCAACGGAAGGUUUAUGUUUGAUGAGCUAUAUUUGUAUAUAUGUGUGAACAUCUGAGGAAUUAAAAGAGUAGUUAACAGUGCUGUGAUGUUAUCAUUUCAGGAGUUACUGUGUUUGGUAUUCUUUCUGAAAGCUUUGAGUACUCUGUAGGAGUACAGUUUAAAAGAACUGGAAACCAGGAACUCUGGAGUUUUCCAGAGUUACGGUGCCAAAUCCUCUUUGGUGCUUUUCAUUUGUGUUAUAAAUGGGAAUUUUCCUCUUACUAAUAAAUGAGCUUUUCCCUAAUUUGUGAGAAACAUCUUAAUAAAGUGCUUUAAAAAAGA